UCCAGGCAGGGUGCCAUCUUCCGCCCAGCAUCCCGCCGAUGGCUCCCCGUGCCCGCAGGGCCAGGAUGGACGACAAUUUCUCCUCCCAGGUGAAGGAGAUGGCGUUGGCCGUGGGCGCGUCCCUGUCGGACGAGGACACAGACCUGCUGCCCGCCGAUGCGAGGCACCACGGCUCCCUCCACUGUGUCAAGUUCUUGGAGUACAUGCAGCAGUGCCGGGCCUCGGGGCAGCUGGAGAGCGUCAUCCGGAAGGCGUUCCAGACGCUGGACAAGGACAAGAGCGGCUUCAUCGAGUGGCGCGAGAUCAAGUACGCCCUGUCUGCCAUCCCCAGUGCCGGGUCCAUUGCCCCCCUGACGGACGAGGAGGCUGAGGCCGUCACCCAGGUGGCCGACACGGACGGGGACGGGAGAAUCGACUUCGAAGAAUUUUCCGAAUUGAUCAAAAAGGAGAAAAUUCCAAAGAAGAAGUAG